AUGGCCCAAAGCCAGAAAAAAUGCGUUAUUUGGAAAUAUAUGUAUAACAUCCUUCCCUCAUUAAUAAUAUGGGAAACAUGGAAAGAACGCAAUCACAGAAUCUUCCAAGACAAAGAAAUGCCUCAAAUUGCAUUAUGCGGGAAAAUUGAGAAAAGCUUGAUAGAACUCAUGAACGAAGCUUCUAAGCAGAAAAAUUUGAAACAUAAUAUUUUGACAAAAUGGGAUGUAAAACUAAUGACUUCCCUUCCUAACCUGAUAAUCCCGACCCUCUUUGGAAAUGGGAACCAACAAGCAGCUUCCAACCCAAGGCUGAAUGUUAAGUGGGAGCUUCCGGAGGAGGGGUGGAGCAAAAUAAAUUUUGAUGGAGCCUUCGCUGUAAAUCCUGGCCGAAGCGGUAUUGGAUGUAUUGUGAGAGAUGCCCAGGGAAUUUGUAUUAAAGAAAUAGCAGAGGAUAUUGGCCUGGCAACGAACAAUGAAGCGGAAUUCAGAGCAGCAUUGCGUGGACUACUACUAGGGGUGGAGUUAGGCAUUAAAAAAAUUCACCUGGAAGGCGAUUCCUUGAAAGUCAUCAAUGCUAUUCGUCAGAAAUCGACGCCAAGUUGGAAUCUCAAUCAAUGGUUACAGACGAUAUUGGCAGUAUUAGAUAAAGUGGAAGAUUUCCGCAUUAGUCAUGUUUUCAUAGAAGAAAAUACUGAAGCGGACAGACUGUCUAAAUCUGCAUCAUGCAUUGAUGACGACAUCCCUGCCAUGUGA